GCUUACAGUAUAUAAGUCUUCUGGUUAUACUAUACGUCCAGAACAUCCACGGAGAUAACAAGCGUCUGUCUUCUUAACGAAUUUGGUCCAUGAGGAUUGACGCACGGGAUAAAGAUGGACAUUAAAAAGCUUCUACAUGUCGUAGUGUUUUUCUGUGUCUUGAGUGAAGGUUUGGCAUGGUGGGGUAGAAGUAGAAGCAGCUCAUCCAGUCGGAGCACCAGCAGGAGAAGCAGCAGUAGAUCAAGCUCAAGCAGGCGAGGCACAGGAUUGUGGGGUAGACGCAGAAAUCAAUCACCAAAACCGGCUCCAAAGCCUGAAACAAAACCACAACCCAAAACACCUGCACCUGUGGCUAAACCGAAAUCUAAUUCUGGAGGUUCUGGAAAACACAAGUCUGGGUGGUGGUCUGGUCAGAAUUCAGGCAGACGCAGGAAUCAACCAUCGAAACCCGCUAGUUCUGGAAAAGACAAGUCUGGAUGGUGGUUCUGGAAACGCAAACCAGCAACAUCCGCUCCAAUACCAGUACCAAAGCCAACACCACGACCGGCUGCACCGAAACCUAAGUUUGAAGACACGAAGAAAGUGAUUGAAGGAUUUGAAACGUUGAAAUUAAAAGUGUACGAUGCUCAGCCGCAUAAUCCAGAUGUUUAUGAUACGACUAUAGGAAUAGGGUUUAAUUUAAACAGACCUGAUGCAAAGGAAACGUUUAAGAAAGUCUUACCUGACGUUGAUUUCGACAAGGUCAAGUCGGGAGAGCAAGAAAUAACAGAGGAUGAAGCUCGAGCUUUGUUUAAUUACGAUAUUGACAACAUAUAUGUCCCGAAAGCAAAAAGACUGGUGGGAGAAGAUCUUUUCAAUAGUGUGCCGUCAAAUGUGCAAACGGCACUUGUAAAUGCAGGAUACAGGGGUGAUCUGCUACGAAAUACAGCAGAACUGAUGAAGCAGGGAAAAUGGGAAGAAGCAGUGAAGACAUAUCUUGAACAGGAGCAGUAUAAGAACGCGGACGAGCUAAGGAUAUCUGGUGUUAAAAAAAGAAUGGACUGGAACAAAGAGCAGUUUGAUACGAUGAUUGAAAAAGAAAAACAAGAUCCGAAAUAAAUAAAUAUAGAUUUAUAAACUAAAAUUAUUCGAAAAAUAUGACUAGUAAAAUACCAUGGUUGAACAAGAAAAUCAUGAUCUGAUACAAAGCAAUUAGAAUUAUUAAAUUUGUGAUUUUGUGUGAAAUAAGAAUAAAUAAACUUUGGCACUCUA